CGUUCAUCGGACAUCCCCGUUCAACCCAGUCCCUAAUAUAACACUUCUCCAUCCCCGGACGCAUCCACACAACCGUAAGACCGAUAUCAUUCCGCUCCUCUGGCAAGCCGCCACUCGGGAACUCGGCCGAUAGCCCGAUCAACACAACACCAUGCAUCCCCACACAAACCAGAGCUCCUUUCACCCUCUACACCACCACACUAGCUUCGACUCCCAGUCUCAAUCCCAUGUUCACACCCACCUCAACUCGGUCCAGUCUAUGGACGCCUCCAUCUCGUCCUACCAGCUUGAUCAGUUCAACCCUGCCCUCCAUCAUGUCCGCCCCACGAAGCGUCCCCUUGUUGACCCCUCCCGAACCUCAAUGUCCUACCCUCGCAAGCGCGCCGUCACAGCCUGCCAGCUCUGCCGUACUCGAAAAACCAAGUGCAGCAAUGCGCGCCCCAAGUGCAAGUUUUGCUCCGACACAGGCGCCGAGUGUGUUUACGAGGACUCUUUGGGCCAUUCUUCGUUCGAUCCUGCGUCGCUUCUGAUUCUGGAUCGCCUCAAUCAGCUUCUCGACCGUUUCGACUCCGCAACUAUUCCCUUUUCUUCCGCUCAGGUCGUGCCUCCUAGCGAUAACCCAACUUUUCACUCGAGUCAUCAUCUCCAAGUCAAUAAAGAAAAUGAAACCGCAAUUGAACCCUCCGACGAGGAGAAUGUGAUUCGCCUGGUCGAUAAUUUUAUUGCUUUCGUGCAUACUAAGAAUCCCAUCCUCGACAUUUUAACUCUGAAGAGGUAUGCGAGAAGCGUGGCCGAGGAUGGGCCUGGAUGGGAUGGGAAGACAUGCCUUGUUCUCCUCACCUGUGCACUCGGCUCCCUCGCAAAGCCUUUCUCAACGUCCCUCUAUAGUUCACUUCUUGCCACGAUGUCUACUUCAUCUCCGUCCACUGAUCCCAACGCGCCAACCUCCCUUAAUACCUCGGCAUAUGACCUUCAACUUUCGGCUUACUAUUACUCCCUCGCUCGUAAGCGCAUCGGCCUCCUUGGUAGCACAAUCAUUCGCUCGCAGUGCUAUCUACUCUCUGGUGUCUACCUCAUGUACGCACUCCGCCCGCUUGAGGCGUGGCAUGAUUUUGUGCAGGCGAGCACCACAUACUAUACCUACUUGCAGGGCCGCAUGCGUAGCGCGGCCAGUCAUGGCGAUGGAGUGCAGGUGAGCCGCACGCGCAGGCUUGAGCAGAGGCUGUACUGGAGCUGCUUCAAGAGCGAAUGUGAAAUCCGUGUCGAGCUCUCACUUCCCGAAUCCACCCUCGCCGCCCUCCAAUAUCCGGAUCUGUUCCCCUCUCCUCCUGUCGAAGAAACUGACCCGUCGCCCUCACCCUCCACUACUGCCUUUGACCCUUCUUACUCCGACUUUGCCUCUCCAUCCUCUGGUGGCUCCCAAAAGCGCCACACAGAGUCUAUGAACGAGAGUCAACAGCACAGCUGGUAUUACUACCUCACUGAGAUUGCACUAAGAAGGAUCGGUAAUCGCAUUUUGAAUGCGCUGUAUAAGAACGGAAACGUGCCUGGAUAUGGCGUACCAGUCAUGGAGAUGCUGGAGAUUGCGGCUGAUUUUGAAAAACAGCUAGGGCAAUGGCAGUCCAACCUUCCCGCUUCCGUCAAAUACUCCCACACCAAUCUACUCAUCAUCCCCUCCAACGAACUAGCCUUUAUGGUACGCGGGCGCACACUCGAGAUACAAUCCUGGCUCUACCGCCCCUUCCUCUACUACGCCAUCCACCAUCCAAGUAGCGACCCUUUCCGCCCAGCCAUGGAGCCGUUCGUGCAGAAGGCGUUAGUUUACGGCAGCGCGCACAUCCGCGGGUUAGGAGUACGGCACCGCCAUCAUGGGACUUGGUAUGCGUUACGAACAGGGAUGGCGGAGGCCUUGUCUCUUCUGGCUGCAGUGAAGAGUGGAGUUGUGGAUAUGGGCGAUGGGACGGGAGAGUACGGCGGGAUGGGAGAGGGGGGAUGGAGGGAGACGGUAAAGCAGAUGAUUGAGAUUUUGGGGUAUUGGGAGGCAGAGUCGGUGGAUGUUGGGAGAUCAAAGGUGGUGCUGGAAGAGUUGUUACAGGAUGUUGAGAUACUCCAGGAUGGAGCCUGUGGGAUGGACUGAAUGGUAACUGUACAGACAAAGAGCUCAGCUUAAACAUGCACCUGGGUUCCGUUCUCUAGCACUCGAUAUCCUUCAGUAAGAUUCGACGCGAUGGAAACAUUCCGUAAAAAAACAAGGAGGC